AUGGCUCUCAGACAAAGCCAGGGUUCCAGGGCCGUGCCUGAUCAUCCACAAUACAUCUCAUCUCUACCAGAACAGACAGUGAAACACUCUAGAAACAGAGUGGAUCCUGAACAACCUCAGAGCAGUAACACAGUCAGCCAGUCAAGCACACCAAUCCCAGUCAGCUUCUGUCCCACUGAUGGCUCUGUCUCAGGGGAGGAGUUCGACCAUGGAGAUAGCCCUAUUCAUCAUGAUAGCAUGGAGGAAGACUCACUGUCUGAAUAUGAUAAUGUCAGAUCAGAGGAGGAAGAAGAGCAGGACUAUGAGGAAGAUGAGGAACUGCGUACCGAUGCAGAUGGGAUGACUUACUAUGUUCACGGUUGCCCCGAAGAUGAGAGCUAUUUGGAAGGAAUGGACUGUCAUGAGGGUGCUGAAAGCAUUGAUAGACCAAGUACUUCCAGAGAACCAGAUGCUGAAGGAAAUCCAGGAGAUGCCUGGGAAUUUUCUGAGAGGUUUUAUGAAGUGGAAGGUACAGGGAAGCUGGUCCAUAAAUGUCCCAAGCCUAUUACUGAGUCUACUUUCAUUCAGGCUCCCAUGGCUGAGGACGAAGAAGAUGAUGAAGAAGAUGCAGAGGAAGUAGAAGAAGAAGAUGAUGAAGAAGAUGCAGAGGAAGUAGAAGAUGAUGAUGAUGAUGAUGAUGGUGGUGGAGAAAAUGAAACAUAUUUUGCUUAUGAACAAAAAAAGGCAGGAGGAAGUCAGGAUGGAAUUAUCUGCAAAGGGCAAUGUGAUUUGCGAGAGGACAGUAAAAACCCUCAUGAGGGAUUAAAUUAUGUUAAAGGAAUGAGUCGAGGAGAAGAGGAUUUAAGUAAUUAUUACAGAGUGGAUAAAAACAUCCCAGAGAAGUGUAAGGGUGAUGCCCAGAGGUCGUUUAUUGGUCACAGAGAAGGCAAUAAAAAGAGCAAUGUUGAAGUUAAAGUUGAUUAUUCAGGAAACUGUGAAGUGGGCAGGGUAGAUAAAAACUCAAAACAAGAGUCUAUAUUCAGAGGGCAUCAGAUUUAUAAGGAGGACAGAAGCAACAGAAACUGCAGACUUAAUGAUAUGACCACACCUGAUGGUCCUGAGAAUAGAGAAGAAUUUAAAAAAAGACAUUCAUACAAGGAUCAUGGAAGAGAAAAAAGAGAAGACCGGUGUUUAUAUGAGGGGAGUGACAGUUCUGAAGACAGUACCCACAGGGGACAGGGGUGUCCUCAUAGCUAUAGAGCAAAGACCAGGAGGGAUAAGGUGCAGUCAGUGGACACGGACAAAGAUGUGGAUCAGAUUGUGAAUGAAGUAAGAACAAAAAUGAAAGUAGGACCUCAGAGCACUGGGACAGACAGGGGUAUAGCCGAGAAGUCAUGUAAUGAGAGAAGGAUUACGGAAAGUUCACAAGUAUCAGUGCUUAGAUCACACAGAGAAGAAAGCAGAUCCAGUGCCCCAAACACACCCAGGCAGCCUCUCAACCCACAGCUGCAGAAAGACCCGGUCGGAUCCACUAAAAAAGACUUACUGACGUCCAAUCAGAGCCAGGUAACACAAAGCAGCCCACAGCACUGUACAGUAAAUCCACAAGCUGAAACUAACACAGCAGCUAGCAACCGUAACCUCCCUCAGCAAGGAAAGAGAAAUCACUCUUUCCCAAGCUUUGUGGAUGUCCCAGGCCCAUGUGAACCAGAGGACCUCAUUGAUGGGAUCAUCUUUGCUGCUAACUACCUCGGGUCCACUCAGCUUCUCUCAGACAGAAACCCGUCCAAGAGUGUGCGCAUGAUGCAAGCACAGGAAGCUGUGGACAGAGUAAAGUGCGUGGAUCAAGAGAGCCAGAACCCAGUUGAGGUUGACCUCUUCAUUUCAACAAAGGCCAUCAAAGUGCUCAAUGCUGACACACAGGAGACAAUGAUAGACAAUGCUCUUCGGACCAUCUCCUACAUUGCAGACAUUGGGAGCGUGGUAGUCCUGAUGGCUCGCAGACGAGUGUCGCAGUCUGCUGCACUCGACUAUAAUGAAACCAGCCUGAAUUCUGCUGAGGGCAGGAAGCAGUACCGAAUGAUCUGUUACGUCUUUGAGUCUGAAGAUGCACAACUCAUUGCACAGUCCAUUGGUCAGGCGUUUAGCAUGGCCUACCAAGAAUUUCUGAGAGCAAACGGGAUCAACCCUAAGGACCUCAGCCAGAAAGACUACAGUGAUAUUCUUAAUUCACAAGAGAUGUACAAUGAUGAUCUCAUCCACUUUUCAAAAUCUGAGAACUGUAAAGAGCUGCUCCUGGAGAAGCAGAAAGGGGAGAUUCUUGGGGUUGUGGUAGUAGAGUCUGGCUGGGGGUCUAUCCUGCCGACAGUUAUCCUGGCUUGCAUGCUGAACAGUGGGCCAGCUGCUCGUUCAGGGAAGCUCAACGUGGGUGAUCAGAUUAUGGCUGUCAAUGAUACAAGUCUGGUGGGCUUGCCCCUCGCCACCUGCCAGGGCAUCAUCAAGGGCUUGAAGAAUCAGUUACAGGUAAAGCUAAGUGUGGUAAGCUGUCCUCCUGUGACUACGGUGCUAAUAAAGAGACCAGAUCUGCAGUAUCCUUUAGGCUUCAGUGUACAGAAUGGCAUAAUCUGUAGUCUGAUGCGAGGUGGAAUAGCAGAACGUGGAGGAGUGCGUGUGGGUCAUAGAAUAAUUGAAAUUAAUGGACAGAGUGUAGUCGCCAUGGCACAUGAGAAAAUUGUCCAUGCCCUAUCGGUGUCCGUCGGAGAGAUUCAUAUGAAGACGAUGCCAGCUGUAAUGUUCAGGCUGCUAACUGGACAGGAAACCCCAAUGUACAUAUAA